ACCGUCAUGCACCGCGCCGUUCCGGAUGCUCUCUUUAUCGCCAUAGAGGCUCGGAGGGAGACUGCGCACGCGCGCGGGAGGCUCGACACCCCCACCCCCACCCCCACAACCGGACUCCAUUUCCCAGCGUUCCACCGGGAUUGGAAAAGCUAGAUGAGUGUGCAGGAUGACGUCAUUGGCGCCCAGACCGGAAGUGGGCGGAGUGGAAGGAGCCCAGGUUUCGCAGCUGAGGAGAAAGAAGAGGAGAGUGAGUUCUUGACAGGACUCUUGCUGCUGUGCCCCUCCUUCAACCCACCUUCCAGCGCCAUGGAGUUCCCUGAUCUGGGCGCCCAUUGCUCAGAACCGUCCUGCAAGCGCCUUGACUUUCUCCCUCUUAAAUGUGAUGCCUGUGAACAACUAUUCUGCACAGACCACGUUGCCUAUGCCCAUCACAGCUGCACUUCAGCUUACAAAAAGGAUGUACAGGUACCUGUGUGCCCACUCUGCAGCACACCCAUCCCUGUAAAGCGAGGAGAGAUGCCUGAUAUUGUUGUGGGAGCACACAUUGACCAGGACUGCAAAUCAGAUCCAGCCCAACGUAAACGCAAGAUCUUCACCAACAAGUGUCAGCGACCUGGCUGCAAGCAGCGAGAGAUGAUGAAGGUUCUCUGUGACCAGUGUCAUGGCAACUUCUGCCUCAAGCACCGACACCCACUAGAUCAUGAGUGCAGUGGGACUACUGGACAUUCGCUAUCUAAGGCUGGGAAUGCUGCAAUCAUCAGGGCUCAAAAGUCUACCAAAGCAUCUUCAAACACUACAUCCAACAAUGAAGCCAUGAGUUCUGCUACAAAUCUACCAACCUCCAGCAGAGUUACUGAAAUGGCUAGAGAACCUGAGCCCCAGAGCACAUUGUCACCAGCUGUUGCCCUGCAGAAUGGAUUGACUGAAGAGGAAGCAUUGCAACGAGCCUUGGAGAUGUCCCUGGCAGAGGUGGUGCCCUCCCAACCACAGCCCCGAAGCACCCAGGAGGAGGAAGAUCUAGCACUGGCUCAGGCCAUUUCAGCUAGUGAAGAGGAAUACCGGCGGCAACAGCAGCAGCAACAACAACAGGCUCGAAGCACAAAACCAUCGAACUGCUGCCUAUCAUGAGCACAACGAGAAUCAGUCAGCCUGGGAAACUACGCCUGGCCACAGUGGCUGUUCCUCUGUUCCUGCCAGGGUUGCCUCCCUCUGCUGCUCCCUCAGGGCUAUUGACAAUGAACAAAAGCCUGAAUCCUGGUCCAACCCUUGUAGAGUGUAUCUUUGCCACACAGCUCUUGUCUCUACACUGUGACCACAUACACCUUCUCCGGAACUACUGGCGGCAUUUUCACGCUGGAUGAAGCAAAGAUAGAUUUGGGUUAGCAGUUCCCAGUCCCUCCACCAAAACUGCAGCUAGUAGAAGUCAAAGUGAGGCGAGAAGAUGGACUAGUAGGUAACAUUGGCACCAGCUGGAUUAAACAUAAAACUGUUGAUGUGGUCAGGGAGUGUCCCAUAUAUGAGGGGAAUUUCAAGCUCAUUGCCUGCCUCUUAACUUGGUCUCUGGUAGUUCCACAACGUGGCAGUAGGUGGUGCUAAAUAAUUUCAGAGUAAGUGUUUCCUCUUCCUCAGGAUCUGGGUUUUGUGUGUUCUUGGGCUUCUUCCAGAUGCCCAUCCAAGUCGGGUUGAUGUCUUCCUGAAACUACUGCUGCAGAGUUUCUCCUGCCAGAUCCUGGCAUGCCAGUUGCUGCUGUUGGAUAAUGCAGUGUGAGAAGUCCUCCAGAAAACUGGGAUUCAUGGGACUUUCACAGGACACAAAGGGAUGUCUCUGGGCCCCAUUUCAUGUAAUCCUUUCUCUGUUGAUGUGGGAGGGUGGAGUGAUAACCAAAUCCUCCCCUACAUUUGAGUAAUGCCAUUUCUGCCAGUCCCUUGCCAGACCUUAGGCAUUUAAUCCCACCUCUUGGAAAGUCUACCAAAGAUCAGCCUUGAAGCGACCAGCAGUCAAGUGGCUGCCCUAUAGUGGUAAGGAAGAAGUGUCCCCAUUCCAAUAGAAGGCCAGCUCCUUUAGAUUGCAUGUUGAAAAGCUGGCUGGCUGGCCCCAGGUGGCAUCCAUACCUCAGUGCCAUAUGGAUGUCUCAUCUUCUGUCUGAUGCAUGCAUUGGUCAGGCACUUCUCUUCUAAGUACAAUCUUGACGGCCUUGGGCUUCCACUCUAUGCUCUGCGGCAAUUUCUGUCUCUCCCCUCUGCAGGGGCCAUUUCACUGUCCAACAUUAUGUGCCUUUGCAUUGUCACCUACACAGGGUGAAACGAGACAAUAUGUGAUGACAAGACACUAUGGAAAAUUGAUGGGAACCAAUAAACUCACAGACAGAU